GACUCCAUACAACACAGUAACUCCUCCAUAGCUAUUCUUCCUCAGAUACUCAGCAAACGUAAAGCUCAAAGGAUCCUCUAUCUAUCUACGGAAAGCAUCAUCAUUCAUCACUUACGUUGGAGAAUAUGAAGAGGACACAUUUGGCAAGUUUCAGCAGCAGAAAUAAAACCCAAGAAGAUGUAGAAGACACUAACGGUGACAACAGAAUUUCCAUGAAUCACUACAAGAACUACGAAGCUGGGCUGAUCCCAUGGCCUCCCAAGAACUACACUUGCAGCUUCUGUAGAAGAGACUUUAAAUCUGCUCAAGCACUUGGAGGCCACAUGAAUGUCCACAGAGAAGACAGAGCAAAACUCAGACAGAUCCCUUCUUGGAUCUUUGAACCUCACCACCAAAUACCUAUUUCUAACCCUAACCCUAAGUUAAACUCUUCUUCCUCUUCAACACCACCAGAUCAUCUUGAGCCUUCCCUAGCCAUCCAGAGAUACAAAACAACUCCUUUUUCUUCUACCCGGUUUGGUCUUUUGGAAAAUACUACUAGCUAUGGAGGUUUGAUGAUGGAAAGAGAGAAGAGCAAGAGCAAUGUAUGUGGCAGAGAGAUCAAGAAGAGUGGAAUGGUUGCCUGUCAUACUCCAAGAAGUGAGAUAAGUCGUGGAGAUAUGAUGAACAAGAGAGAUGAAGUCACUGGGUUGGAGCUUGGGAUGGGUUUGAUAAAUACAAAACAAGUUCUCGAUUUGGAGCUUCGACUUGGCUACCUUUAA